AUGGAGGAGCUUGUGCCAUUACUAAAUAAACUGCAGGACGCGUUGGUCUCUGCAGGGGUGGCCGCUCCUGGGGUUCUCUUUGACCUCCCUCAAAUUGCUGUUGUUGGAGCGCAGUCUGUUGGGAAGUCGUCAGUGCUUGAAAGUCUUGUUGGCAGACAGUUUCUCCCCAGUGGCACUGGCAUUGUCACUAGAAGACCUCUCAUUCUACAGUUGCGCCAUGCACGUGUUAAGGAGGAGUACGGCGAGUUUUCGCAUAUACCGGAUAAACGCUUUUUCAAUUUCACGGAGAUGCGAAAAGAAAUACAACGGGAAACCGAAAGAGUCGGCGGAAAGCAAAAAAAUGUUUCUCCUCUUCCUAUUUUUCUGCGUAUCUCAUCUCCACAUGUUAUUGAUCUAACACUCAUCGAUCUCCCUGGAAUUACCAAAGUACCUGUUGGUGAUCAACCCUCCGAUAUCGAACUGCAAGUGAGGCGGAUCGUUCACCAGUACAUCAGCAAGCCAACAGCUAUUAUACUCGCUGUGACUGCUGCAAACACAGAUAUUGCCAACUCUGACAGCUUAAAGGUUGCUCGAGAAGUCGAUCCCCACGGACAGCGAACUGUUGGAGUAGUUACGAAGAUAGAUACACUCGAACCCGGCGUUGACUGUGUCGACUUGUUAUGCAAUCGAGUUAUUCCUUUGAAACAUGGGUACGUGGGCGUCGUAUGUCGCCGCCCGCGACAGCACUCGCAGCGACAGGAGGAUGGGGAGGAUGAAGAGACACAGCAGUCGAGCUACCGUGCAGCGGCGCAGGCAGAGGCACAGUUUUUUCGUUCGCAUGCAGCGUAUGCCUCUAUCGCCUCACAACAUGGAAUCCCUCAUCUAGCGAAAACUCUCAAUAAACUGCUCUUAAGUCACGUAAGGCAAGCGCUGCCUGAGCUGCGCAGAAAAGUAGCUGUGCUAAUGCAGCAGACAGAAGCAGAGCUUGCCAAUUACGGUGACCCCUUAGUGGAGGCUAAAGCAAAUCCUGGGGCCCUUCUGCUUCAUUUCUUCUCCAAGUUUGCUCGAAACUUCCAGGAUGUUAUCGACGGGAAGCUGCAAGCGCAGCAGACGUCGGAGCAACUGAUGGGAGGCGCGCGAAUAAAUUUUAUCUUUCAUGAUUGGUAUAGUCGAGCACUUGCAGAAUUUGAUCCACUCGAGGGGCUCUCAGACCAGGAAAUACGCACGGCAAUACGAAACGCCACGGGGCCGAAAGCAGCUUUGUUUGUACCCGAAGGUGCCUUUGAGAUACUCGUGCGAAAACAAAUUCAGCAGCUUGAAACACCGUCACUGCAAUGCGUCGAUCAGGUAUAUGAGGAACUUCAAAAAAUUGUCGAGAAGUGUGAAUUAGCGGAGAUGUCGCGCUUCGCAUGUCUGCGGGAGCGCGUGAUGGAAGUUGUACGAGGCGUCCUUCGGAGAUGUUUGGCCCCUACGUAUCAAAUGAUUCAUAACAUCAUACAGAUCGAACUGGCAUAUAUCAACACAAACCAUCCAGACUUUAUGAACAAUAGAUUCACAGCGGAUGCUCGCCCGCCCAGAAGUCAACAGUGUACGAGUUGCAACACCAGCAAUCAUAUGGGCGCCUUCAACACGAACCACAUGGGUGCAAGCAACAGCAGCAGCAGUACGAAUAGCAGCAUCUGCGGAAAUAACAACGGCAAUGCGAUAGUUCGAUGGAAUCGACGACAGCGCCAGCAGCAGCAGCAGCACCGCCCGUCGUCUCCGGUGUCCCCUGAUAUACGUGGCUGCAUUCGCAAUAUAUGGUGUCAAGUAGGCUUCUUCUGCAUUGUCAUAUAUACGUCCAUACACCUAAUUGUCCUAUAUGUACGUUUCCGCGGCCUGGGAGUGUCUACAUCCCAAAGGCGCGUGGUUGAGCAGACGGUGGACAAAGGCGACGCCUUCAGCCUCUGCAUUCACCUUACGUACGUACACGAGCGCAGCGAGGGUUUGCUAGUGGUAUAUGCGUGCAGCAGUAGUAACAGUAGCAGUACCACCACCACCAGCAGCCGCGGCAGCGCCAGUACAACCACCACCACCACCAGCAGCGGCAGUGCCGCCACCAGCAGCAGCACCAUCAACAGCAGCAGUACCACCAACAGCACAUCCACCGAUAACCGUGAUGACGGAGGAGCGAUUCACUUGCCGCAAGUUCCAUCGGUCAUUGCUCCGUCCGAAAUUCCUUCGGAGCGUGAACAAAUCGAGACCGAUCUUAUCAAAAGUUUAAUAUGGUCUUACUUCCAAAUUGUGAGGAAGAACGUAGCGGACGCCGUACCCAAGUCGGUUAUGUACUUCAUGGUAAAUACUGCAAAGGAUGUAUUACAAAGAGAGCUAGUAUCACAGCUAUAUCGAGAAGAGCUCUUCAGCGAGCUUCUAAAGGAAGGCGAGGACAUAUGCGAGCGUCGAGCCCGAUGCAAGCAAUUGAUGCGUUCGUUACGCGGAGCAGCAGAUAUCUUGGCGCAGAUACGAGACUACGGGGGUAAUUUGGAAGACUGCACAGCUGACGGGAACUCAAUCCUAAACAGAUGA